AGCAUUGUACUAAUAACCUAACUAGUUAGUUAGUUUUUAAUGAUUUUAUUGGAUAGAUUGUACAAUGAUGGAAAAGAAGAGAUCGUAUUGGUUCAUUUGUAUAAUUUUGGUUUCAGGAUUUUAUAAUGUUGUUGCUGAAGAUAAAUAUUGUGAAGCGAUCGAGAAGUUGCAAUACGGAGAUAUCAUAACAUCUAAGCCACUUCCAUAUACAGUUGGAACAAUACUCACAUACAAAUGCGACAGAGGUUAUAGAAUUCAAGGCAAACCUACUGUAACAUGCCUGGAAGAUAGAAAAUGGUCGGAUCCCGCACCAUAUUGCAUAGCGCUGUCAUGCAAGCGAGAUUUGUCUAUGGUUGAGGCAGAAAGAAAAUGUCGAAAACCGUGUCAAAAUGAUGCUGAUUGUAAAGGAGGAAACAAGAGAUGCGUUUGUGAUGACUGGUGCGGAAAGUCAUGCUUUAAUCCAAGUGCCCCGUGCCCGGCUCUGUUACACCCUGAAAAUGGUUACAUAAUUGGCAAGGAUUUUGUAUAUGGAAGAACAGUAACAUAUGGUUGUGAUCAAGGAUUUGUUCUUACUGGACCUUCAACAAGAAAAUGCCGUUCCAACCGAAAAUGGUCUGGAUACGUACCCAGAUGCAUAGCACUGAGUACCUGUGGACAAACUGAGCAAAAAGAAAAGAGCAUGCUAUCUGGAAAAGUGAUAUCAGGCACAGAAGUACAAGUCGGCGCGUGGCCCUGGCAAAUUUUAUUAUUUACCAAUAAAAAACAUUCUACAGCCCAGAUUUAUGACCCACAUUCUGGCUUUGGAGGUGGAUCAAUAAUAAACAACAAAUGGAUAUUAUCCGCAGCUCAUGUAUUUCAUGAAACAUUUCCGAUGGGAUUCAUUAAAAAAGACUGGAAAAAAAGAUUUUUGAUUGCAGUUGGAUUGACUAAACAUCCAAUGCCUGGUGAAGUUAUUCCAGAUCGGAUAAACAUUUUUGAACCCCAGAAUCUACAUGCUCAUGCUAAAUUUGAUGGAAGCUCAUAUGAUUAUGAUAUUGCGUUGAUUCGAAUUGGAAAACGUCUCAAAAUUGUUGGAAAUAAGUUUGUUGUAGAUUCACAGACAAGUUCUGGAUCCUUGACAUUUACUCGGUAUAUCCGUCCUGUCUGUCUUCCAUGCAUGAAAGGACACCCGUUUUCUCCAGUUAAUAUUUUGGAAAGAUAUGAUAAAAAUCUCUGCAGUCAAAACAUACGAGGAAACAAUCCAAACAUUCCCGUGAGACCUGGUGAUGAAACAAUGGUAACUGGCUUUGGAUGGAAACGAAGUUCUGGAUUUGUACAUUGGGAUAAACCAAAAGCGAUGCAGGAAGGACGAUUAAAAGUACAGAAAGACGAAAUAUGCAUCAACAGCGUGAAAUUAAUGCAAAAAGAUGACAAAAGCGCAAGAUACACAGAUCGCAUGAUUUGCGCAAAAAGUGCUGAUAAAUCCAAAAACAUUGAUGCCUGCGAAGGAGACAGUGGAGGACCACUUGUGAAACGGUUUGGAAUUCAGCAUUCAAGAUAUUGGAUGCAAGUUGGGAUAGUUAGUUGGGGAUGGGGAUGCGGUAAUAAACAUCCUGGAUUCUAUACUUCUCUCUCGUCGGUUAUGGAUUGGGUUUGGUCCGUCUUAAAUAAUACAAAAACAGAUGGCUGUUUAAAACCUUCCACCUACAAAAAUUCAACCAGAAUUGCAAACAAGGAAGUUUAUCGAGUGGGUGAAGUAAUAACCUUUUCCUGCAAUCGAGGCUAUGCCAUGUCGGGCAACCCAGAUAUAACUUGCCAGUCAGACUUAACAUGGUCAUUACCUCAAUUUUUGUGUACUGUCAUUAAUUGUGGACAACCGCAUAUACCAAAUAAUGGAUAUAUAAAAGGAGAGAGUUAUUUGUCUGGAGAUUGGGUUGAGUAUUAUUGUGAUCAAGGAUUUCGCUUUACCGUUUCGAAUGCAACUUAUCGACGACGUUGUAUGUCUUCCGGUGUGUGGUCAGGAGAAUCCAUCAACUGUGAAUCAGAAGUAUUGUGCCCGUUACCAAAUAUAAUAUCUGGAACAAUUAAAGGAUCAGAGCCGUUUAAAGUGGGAUCAAUUGUAUCUUUUGUGUGUAACGACGGAUACAAAAUGUCAGGAUAUUCUUCAGCAACUUGCUCUGAGAAUGGUUUGUGGAAUCCUCCUCCACCUAAAUGCACAAGAAAAGUAAACCAAAAUUCACGUUGUGAGUAUCAACCGCACAAAGUUCCGCUUAAUAGAUCUUGCCGUAAAAGUUGCAAAACCGAUGAAGACUGCCAGUCGUCGAGAAAAACAUGUAAUUGCGACGACGUGUGCGGUAUGACUUGUUUUAAUUUAGAUGCGGAGUGUGUACAGUUGCAUAAACGUAUACAGAAUGGAAGAGUAAAAUAUCUAAAUGAAACUCGGUCAUCUAUGCCGUAUAAACCAAUUUAUGGCUCAGUUGCAGAAUAUGUCUGUAAUCGUGGAAGUAUUUUAGAAGGACAACAAACAAGAAAAUGCCAAUCUGACAGAAGAUGGUCCGGAGUGGCCCCGAAAUGCAAGGUCAUAUUGCCAGACUGUUUUUCGAUCCACAUCGCAAACGAUGGAAUAAUAGACACGAAAAGUAAAGAUAUUGAAAUAUAUUUUCUAGUAGAUUUAUCUAACAACGUCGAUUUGUUUUCACUGCGUGGAAACAUUGAAUUUGCUUCGAGUCUGGUUGAAAGGCUCAGUCAAAGUGAUAUAAAAGAUAACGUCAGCUAUGGGGUGAUUGCGUUCGCUACCAAGGCCAAAAUAAUAAUCAACAUGCUUGAUUUACCAAAAAAAAGUCAUUCAGAAGUAAUUAUGGCUCUUAAAAAUCUACAAAAAGACAUAGAAUCGAUCAGGAAAACUAUAUAUCACGGAUCAAAUUAUGAUGAAGCUUUACGAUUAAUAAACAUGCGGAUGAUUGCAUUUUCUUUUGAAAUGGACGAGGAGCUAACAACUAGGAGACAUAUUAUUCUAUUAACUUCAAAUGUAUGUUUUACAACAUCUGGUUAUGCGAUGCGCAUAGAAAAUUCAUACUCUCCUAAUCCUCCCAAGUUUUACGUUGUUUCGUCACCGAAAGGAUCAAUUCACAAAAAUGAUUUAGAACAACUGACAACGCUAGCUUCAAAAAAGCGUAAUUUUAUUCUCAUCCAAGACUUUUAUAAAAUGCAUCUUUAUGUUGACCAGUUUACGGAUGCCAGGACAGAUUAUAGUCAAUGUGGGCAAGCUGGUGACAUCAAAAGCAUUAAAAUGUUGGCUACACGAGGGAGAGUCCUUGGAGGCCAGAAUGCAGCUACAGGAGCUUGGCCUUGGCAGGCGCUGAUUACUACUUAUGACGAAAAUAUUCUGAGAGCAUUCAAUGAAGUGCUGGGUGGAGGAAGUUUAAUCAAUGAUAAAUGGGUUUUAACUGUUGCUCAUAUGUUUGGUACAUUUAGCGGAAUAAACUGGGAAAAGGGAAUUAUGGUUUCUCUCGGCAUCACCAGAAGACCGCAAAGAUACAACAUGCUGGAGGGUUCUGUAAAAAUGUUUCAACCAGAAAAGAUUUACAUUCAUGAUGAAUAUGAAAAAUACAACGGCAAAUAUAUACACGAAUCUUUUCAAAACGACAUUGCGCUGAUUAAACUUGGCGGAGAAUUUCAAUUAUCAAAAGAUGGGAGACAUUUACUGUUUCCAGACACCUUUCCAGGAUAUGUUGAACUCACUCCUUAUAUAAAACCUGUCUGUCUACCAUGCAGUCAAGAUAGUUGUGUCAGUCAAAUUUUGAUGAGAAAAGAUAGCACAGGAAAUGUUUUGUUGAAUGGAUAUGAAACAGACGAAGAAAAAUGUAAAAUUGAAUAUGAGUUUUUAAUGGAAGGAAAUUCUGACACUACGAUAGCAGUUGUUGCUACAGGAUUUGGAUUUAAUUCAACCAGAAGGAGCGACAGUGUUUAUCCUUUAAAGACAACACCGGAGUUACAACAGGCUUUGUUGAAAGUGAAUAGCAGAAAAGAAUGCGAAGAUGCGGUUAAAAUAAUAAAUCGUCAAAUGUUUAUUCCUGGAUUUGAACAAAUUUUCACAGACCAGAGGUUUUGUGCAGUUGGAUUUGCGCCAGGAAGAGGAAAAAUUAUAGACACAUGCAAUGGAGACAAUGGCGGGCCGGUAGUACGGCAGGUUUUUGAUAACUUGACCAAAAAGAGUUGUUUUGUACAACUUGGUAUCGUGAGUUGGGGGUAUGGUUGUGGUCAGCAAACAAGAAUUCAAGGAAAACAAUACUUUUAUCCUGGAUUUUACACGGACGUGACAUCUUUGAUGUCUUGGAUUACCAACACAACGAAGAAUCACGUACAGAAGAAUAGAACAUCAGAUUGAAUAAAAAAAAGUUCUAAUAUGACAUUG